GCGAAAAAAAAUGGAGGAAUAUAUGAAAAUGUUCAUAGAAAAUACCAGUUUUUAUAAUGAGAUAGUGUUACCUAAAAAGCUUUGUAUUUUAUUACCACAUUUCUUGAGCUCUUGGCUUCGAACAACACUUUGUGCAUUUGUGAUCUAUCCAACAGCUUCAUUUUUCUGCCUCGACUUUUGGAAACGCUAUGUUUCUUCCUCUAAAGAAACGAUGCCUUCAAAAAGAGCUAUGGUAUCACAAGUAGUUGGAGCACUAACAUCGAUUCCAAUUAACACAUUGUUUUCGACGGUGUUCGAGUGGAUGAUUGAGAAUGGUUGGACGAGAUGUUACCCUCGGAUUAGUGAUGUGGGGUGGCAAUCUUAUGUGUUACAUACACUUACAUAUCUGUUUGCCGUGGAAUUUGGGAUUUAUUGGGCUCACAGAUUAUUACAUGAGAUCAAGCCAAUUUACAAGUAUAUUCAUGCACCUCAUCAUUGUUAUAGUAAGGAAAUCGCACUUUCUCCUUUUGCAGGUUGGUCUGGUCACCCUUUGGAUGGAGCAAUAUUAGAAACUCCUUAUGGUUUAAUACUAAUGUUUAUGCCUAUACAUUUCACCACUUUAUUGGUGCUUUUUCUUGUCGAAGCAGUAUGGGGUGUUAUUAUACAUGACAGGAGUGACGCAAAAGGUUGGCUUAUUAUGGGUUCUAAUUAUCAUACCAUUCACCAUACGUCAGGCCAUCACAAUUAUGGUAAUUAUACCAUUUUAAUGGAUUGGUUAUUUGGGACUCUUCGCCACCCUAAGAGUACUGCCAAUGAUUAUAAUACUCAUUUGUAAUAUCAAGAAAUUAUAAAUUUAUAAAUAAUUAAGACUGGCUUACUAUCAUAAGACCAUUUUGUAGAUGAAGCCAAGAAGAGGCAAGAGAAAUUGAAAAGGGUACACAUGCUUGCAAUAACUCGCGAAAGUGGUCUUAUGAUGCUAAAUUUUUUUUAUCAAUAACAUUCAUGCUUAUUAACUCUUCUUGUAGUUUCAAAAUGAAAUAGUGUGGAUUGAUUUGUUGAUAAAUCAAACUCAAUUUUGAUUAAACUACAUUUAUAAAUAUAAUACAAGUACU